UUUUCAUGUCAAAAUGGUGUAUCUUGCUGCUUUUUCCUAUGGUGUAUAGUCUACUGCUUUUUCCUAGGAUUUUUGCUGGCAUCCUUAGCGGUUAUUGUUCCAAGACGAGUGGACUUACCUUAUGUAUUACAUGUAUGAUUGUAUGAUAUCAGGAAACAAGCUUGGUGUUGUUAAGAUGGUGGACAAAGAGUGGGUGCGUUUGAAUAGGUAAUAGAAAAACUUUUUUAGACAACUAUAGAUAAACUAGUUACAUAUUCUUAAAACAUUUAACACACUUGGCUUGUACAUUUGUAGAUGCACUGACGAGUAUAUGAACGCAGCAUUGAACUUUGUGGAGAUGGCUAAUCAAUACGCAGGAUAUUUAGGAAAGAUUCUAUGCCCUUGCAAACAUUGUCGGAAUUUGAGUCACCAUUCUGUUGAUGAUGUUUAUGAACACUUGGUCAUAAAUGGAAUGGAUCCUACAUACACAACUUGGUUUCAUCAUGGGGAGGAACCAAGUGCUGCACAAAAACCUAAAGAAGCGAAAAUGUCAGAUGCACAUAACUUAUAUAGCGCGACUUAUGCACGAGAUGCAGACCAUCUUGAACCACUUGACGAAGCUAGAGAUGAGGUCUUUGCAAAAGCAUUAGAGGAUGCAGAAACUCCAUUAUACCCUGGUUGUGAAAAAUAUACGAAGUUGUCGGCAAUUGUUACUUUGUACAAGAUCAAAGCUGAAAAUGAAUGGACAGAUGAGAGUUUCACUAUUCUUUUGGGGAAGCUUCAGGAUAUGUUCCCCAUGGAUAAUACAAUGCUAUGUUCUGUUCGUGCAGUUAGAAAGUUCCUUAAAAAAUUUGAAUUGGGUUACGAGAAAAUUCAUGCAUGUGUGAAGGAUUGUUGCUUAUUUAGGAAAGAGAACGCAGAAUUAGAGAACUGUCCAAAAUGUGGUCGUUCGAGAUGGAAGGUAGACGUACGCACAAAGCAAAUAAAAAAAGGGGUUCCUGCCAAAGUGUUGAGAUAUUUUCCUAUAAUUCCAAGGUUUCGGAACAUGUAUAGGUCAUUUGAAGUAGCUAAAGAUUUGGUAUGGCACCAUACUCAUAGAAGCAGUGAUGCCAAGAUGCGACACCCGGUAGAUUCACCAACUUGGAAAACAAUCGAUGAUAAGUGGCCAUCUUUCUCAGCAGACCCACGGAAUCUAAGACUUGGUCUUGCUACCGAUGGUUUCAAUCCAUUCCGAAAUUUGAGUUCGACGUAUAGUUGUUGGCCUGUUAUGCUGGUUAUGUACAACUUGCCACCUUGGUUAUGGAUGAAAAAGGAAAAUGUUUUGUUGACAUUAUUGAUCCCAGGACCUAAGCAACCGGGUAAUGAUAUUGAUGUAUAUCUACGACCUCUUAUCGAAGACCUACAGAUUUUGUGGACCAACGGAGCACCUGUUUAUGACAGGUUCACUAACUCUACAUUCAAUCUGAGGGCCAUUUUGAUGUGGACAAUGCAUGAUUUUCCAGCAUAUGGAAAUGUUGCCGGGUGUAUGACUAAGGGUAAAUUUGCGUGUCCUAUAUGUGGUGAAAAUACUCAUUUUCUAUGGCUGAAAUUUAGUAGGAAAACUGUGUAUUUGUGCCAUAGGUGCUUUCUUCCACCAUCUCACCCCUUUCGGAAGAAAAAAUCAUGGUUCGAUGGAAAGGAAGAAAAGGGGAAAAAACCUAGAAUCAUGACUGGAAAACAAAUUUCGGAAACUCUGAAAGAUAUGAAGAAUGAUUGGGGGAAAGGUGGAGAAGGAAAUAAAAAACGAAAGCGGGACAAUGAAGAUAAACAAAGGUGGAAAAAGAGGUCAAUCUUAUUUGAUUUAUCAUAUUGGGAGGAAUUGCUAGUGCGUAAUAACUUAGAUGUGAUGCAUAUCAUUAAAAAUAUUAUUGAGAGCCUUAUUGGCACGCUGUUGGAUAUUAACGGAAAAUCCAAGGAUGGUUUAAAUGCUCGCAAGGAUAUGCAAGAUUUGGAAAUAAAGCACGACUUGCAUCCCGAAGAUCGAGGGUCUAGGACAUAUCUUCCUCCAGCUUCCUAUACACUUUCCAAGGAUGAAAAGCGAAUAUUUUGCAAGAGGUUGUUUGACUUAAAAGUACCUGAUGGGUAUAGUUCAAAUAUUGGGAAUUGUGUAUCAAUGGAUGAAUUGAAGGUCACAGGUCUCAAAUCUCAUGAUUGCCAUGUGCUAAUGCUUCAGUUGUUGCCUGUAGCCUUAAAGGGGUUACUACCAACUGGACCCAGAAAUGCGAUACUUCGCCUUUGUGCAUUCUUCAAUAAAUUGUGUCAAAGAGUUAUUGAUCAAGAAGAAAUGGCAACCCUUGAGGAUGAGGUGGUUGAAACGUUAUGCAUGCUUGAGAGGUUCUUUCCACCUUCAUUCUUUGAUAUCAUGGUGCACUUAACAAUUCACUUAGGACGAGAAGCACGACUUUGUGGGCCAGUCCAAUAUCGUUGGAUGUACCUUUUUGAGAGACAUAUGAAGAUAUACAAACGAAGUGUUGGGAAUCAUGCACGACCUGAAGGUUGUAUAGCAGAACGCUACCUUGUAGAAGAGUGUAUAACAUUUUGCAGCCGACACAUGAAAUCUGUGGAAACAACCAAUAGGGGACCUCGCAAUCAAGAUUUUGAGAACGAUGUAAUUCUCGAAGGUCGUCCAAUAUCAGCUGCCACAUCCAUCACAUUGACUGAUGAAGUUUUAGAAAGUGCACAUCGUUACGUUUUAUUCAAUACAGCCAUAGUGGAACCUUAUUUGGAGAUGCAUAUAGAGGAGUUAAAGAACUCAGAUGCCAGCCUUGGUCUUCAAAAAAAUAAUAGUUUACUUUUGAAAAGGCACGCUGACAACUUUUCAAAAUGGUUGAGGGAAAAGAUUCAGGUAAAAGCAUGCACAAAUAAUGAAUUGGAGAUACUACAAUGGCUUGCUAAUGGUCCUAGAAAGCAUGCCAUGAGUUAUACGGGUUAUAUCAUCAAUGGGCAGCGGUUUCACACAAAGGAAGCUGAGAAAUCAACCCAAAAUAGUGGUGUUUCUAUUGACGCGGCAACUCUGUGUAGAUCAAGUGUGAAGGACAAUGCACAAGUCGUUGAUGUAGUUUCAUACUACGGGGUGAUUAAAGAUAUAAUUUUGUUAGAUUAUCACACAUUUCAACUACCGAUGUUCAAGUGUGACUGGGCAAACAUUGGCCAUGGUGUUAGGAUGGAAGAUGGUUUUACACUUGUUAACCUACAUCAAAGUCAGACCCAAUAUGACAAAGAUCCAUUUAUCCUUGCAUCCCAAGCAAAGCAAGUUUUUUAUUCAAGGGAAACCGAAUCUUCAAAUUGGUAUGUUGUGCUAAAGGCACCUCCUAGGGGAUUUUAUGACUUGGAAAUGUACGAAGAAACUAUGGAUACAUCUUCUAGGCCGCAAGAUGUUUCAGCCCUUGGUAUGAACGAUGAUGAUGAUGAUGAAAGGACAGCUAAUGUUAGAGGAGAUUGUGAGGAUUGUAACAUGUAUAUCCAGCCUAGGCACUUGUCCAAAAUGUUGACAAGCUAUGAAAGGUUAAAGCAGAAAAAAAUGGAUCAAAACUUAGUACAAUUGAGGGCUGCUGGAGUCAAGAAUGUGCCAAAGUUUUUGUUGGGCUUAAAUCAAAGUGCCAACAUUAAAGUUAAUGACAUGUGUGAAGUUGACAUUGGGCAUGCAGUCGAUGGUGAUGAAGACGUCGUACUAUUUGAUGGUGAAGAAAGGUUGUGUUCUAAUAAUGACAAUGAUGAUCCUUCGGGGUCUAAAACAAAUGAGGUGAAUGGUACAUGUCCAAGAAAUAAGAAGGAUUGUUCUAGUGCACAACCUCUGAGAAAAUCACAAAGAACUCAAGAACAAGGUGGCAGUACCCAGGGAGCAACCCAAGCUCAGCAACUUCCCACAUCACCUACUGAACAACCUGACCUGUUUUGCAGCCCACAUACGGUUGCUGGUUGUGUGGAAACUCCUGCAAGCCCUUCAAGAACGUCACAAAAUCUCAAGCGCAAAAGAGGCCCAACCAAGCUGAAAACCAUUGCUAUAGAUGGAAGUAGUCGGAUUGAAGUUAAGUUUGAUGGGAAUGGUGAACCAAUAGGUGAGGGAUCAGUCAAGUUGUCUUCUUUCUUGGGACCGCUAGUUAGAGAGAUUGUACCAUAUACACUAAAGGAUUGGCGAAAGCUUCCUUCGGCAAUGGCAGAAAUCCUAUGGCAAUCUAUUAAGGUAAGAUUCAAUCUUGAUGAAGAAUGGCAUAGACAAAUGGUUUUCCGGAGAAUGAAUGAAGAUUGGAGAGCCUCAAAGUCGAUAUUAGUAAAAAAAAUAAGAAACGCUUCGAAUGAGGAAGAAAGGCUAAAGCUACAGCCUGAUAACGUCAAAUCGCUACAUGAUUGGAAGGAUUUUGUGAAGGAAAAGACUAGUAAAGAAUUCAAGGUGAAAAGCGAGAACUUUAAAGCUAUGAGAGAGAAACAAUUGGAGCUGCAGCAUACUAUGAGUCGUAAGGGAUAUGCACGGUUGACUGCUGAGCUGAAAGCGAAAAGAAAAGUUGACUCCAUAAGUAGAGCCGUUGUUUGGGCCGAUGGACAUAGAGACAAGAAUGGAAAACCCAAGAACAAGAAAGUUGCACAAAAGAUUGAAGAUAUGGGAAAAAUUGAACGGAAUGGACAGAAUUCAACUAAUCUGAAAGAAGAUGCUGUUUCUAAAGUGCUUGGUGCUGAGAGGAAUGGCCGUGUAAGAACAUUUGGAAAAGGAGUCACUCAAACAAGAUUAACUAUAUUAUCACAAAUGAAUGGUCAAUUUGCUGAAUUACGUAAAGAAAAUGCUCAAAUGAAGUCUCAAAUGUCGGAUAUGAGAAAUACAAUUGACGAGUUCAAGAAAAGCCAAGUUCAGAAUCCGGCAACAACUGAAGCAACACCAACUACACCCCUUGUUUCUCCAUCGGUAACAUGUCAUCCACAGAGUGACAUUACCAAGUGCAAGUUACUAGAUUGGAUGGGGACGGGAGAUGUAGUUGCGGAAGGGCGUUGGGCUUCAAGUGAUCCACAUUCUUGUGCGCAUUGUGUUCCGAUCGGCCCUAAUGCAAUGAAAGUUUGGGUGGAUGUGGCAAAGAAACCUGAAGAGUUUCUGUGGAGGGCUCCAAGUGAUAUGACCUAUAUCGUAGAUGCUGUGGGAAGUACCAUCGCAUGGCCUGCUGACUUUGUUAUUCUGGACUCUUCUUCCCCAGGGUUUAUGGGUUGAUAAAGAAGUGCUGUUGUGACUUUUUGCUGAAGAUGUAGGUAUGAUCUUGCUAGUGUGAUGGCUGUCAUUAUCACUUGGUUGGUUGAAGUUUUUUUGUUGAUACUUAUGGGAUGGAUAGAUUUUGGAAGGACUGUUUUGGUUGAAGCCUUUUUGUUAAUAUUUCGGUGUCAAGGUUUGAACUCCACUUUUGGGAUACAUAGAUGUUUUGGAAGGCUUUUUUGUUGAUAUUUGGUAACAAGGCUUGUACUCCACUUUCGGGAUACACGGAUAUUUUGGAAGGCCUUUUUGUUGAUAUUUGGUGGGCUUGUAUAUACUAGUAGAUAGAAAUGGUGGAAGGACAUUUAGUAUAUUGAAUUUCUUUUGUAAUGGUAAUCGCUUUAAUGUUUGGAAAUAUUUUGUUGGUUUUGUAUG